UUUGACCCUAAAAUGUAAUGCACCACAUCUUAUAUUUGCGUUCAAUACAGGAAGCCAUAUUAUUCCAUGGAUGAAUACGUUUAAUAAGGAACCACGUGGAUGAUAAGCAGCUCGUUUCGUGGCAACACAAACACAAAUAAGAUUCAACGGAAUCGGGAAACGUGGAAAAAUUACGGUCGGAAGAUGAGCAGAAGAGUAAUACAACUGGGGACUUUCUAGAGAGUCUAAUUGCUCAAUUGAAAUACAAAUUACCCAUGUAAUAGUAUAGUUGAAAAUGAGGAGGACGAAAGUGUUAAUACUAACGGUGAUAACAUUGCUCUUGAUGACAAAUAUAAUUUUACUAAUGCAAACUAUAAGUCCCCCAUUGUACUCGAUAGAAAGGUACAGAGAUAGGGUCGAAUCGACAUGUGUCAAACAUUAUGCCAAUUUCAGUCAAAGACGUAUAACGUAUGAUUUUUAUGAUCUCAAUCAAGAGCUAACCGAGAAACAUGACUGUCUUAAACUUAAACCUCCACCGAAUCCUUAUAUAUGUAUAUUUGAUGUUAAAAAGGAUAAAUAUGUAUCGUGGUUUAUUAAACAGGAUGGGGUAUGGGAGGCCCCUGUUGUCAGAGUCUUCAUGAAAUUGUUGUCUAACCAUCCACAUUUGAAUCUUAUUGAUAUUGGUGCCCACGUAGGUAUGUACAGUCUACUAGCGGCUUCAAUGGGCCGUGAAGUCCUCGCUAUUGAGCCUGUGAUAUCCAAUGUUAAACUUCUUCACGCCGCCAUCAACCUUAAUCACUUUAAAGAUAGAAUUAAGAUAUUGAUGAAUCCAGUCACUGACUCUUAUCUAAAUGUUACUUUCGUUCAACAUGACACAAACCAAGGUGCAAUUAGGAUCAGAAAUGCCUACCCUAGCGAGAUUACCGAAGAGAACAUACGAGAUCAAAAUGUAAAGGAGACAAUAGUUGCAGACGAUAUAUUAUCUGUGGUAACUUUCAAGAGUGCAAUCUUAAAAAUAGAUAUCGAGGGUCACGAAUUGAAGGCAUUGAGAUUUUCAGACCGUAUCUUUAAACACUUGGCGAUUCCUUAUGUUUUGAUGGAAUGGGGACGUUUGUUAGAGUUGCGCAAUGAGCACGAGCCAGAACUUGCUGAAUUUGUGAUAUGCAUGACUGAGCGGCAUUAUAAGCCAUUCUCCUAUGAAAUGGACGAACUUUCUAUACAGAGAUAUGCCAGGUGGCCUUGGGAUAUCAUGUGGGUACACGAGAGUGUAGUUUUCUCUCUAUAAUGUAGCGCUCAGCGACAUGCCUUUAGGAGAGUGUAAACAGUUGGAGUUACUUAAUGCAUCACCAUGGAAUAAAAGAUUACUAUACGGGAAGAAUUGGAAUACCCUUGGACGAAGGGUAUUCUAGCAUGGGCGUAGCUAGAGGGAGGGGUGAUUGAAGGGGUAUGAUUUGGCAAUUUUGUAAAAUUUCUUGAAUAAGCAUUAACAAAUGCUUAGAAUGCAUCAUAUACAACGUAAAUUUUAAAAGAUUUCCGGGUUGAACCCUCAUACCCCUUUUUGGGCUCGCUCUACUCGCAGUGAUGCAAACCCCAAAAAUCGCACCCCCUUGACAUUUGCUUGCUGGCUACGACUCUAUCUGGCUACACGUACCUAC